ACGCUAUCCGUUUUCGAUUACACGGCCUGGAGAGCUCAAGCAGACCCGCUGAAUCGAUCUCACGUCGUUCUCGUGUUGAUGUCCGCCAUCGUAAAUCCAAGAAGCGCCGACAAACAUGUUAUUAUCCUCUGCGCUUCGGUCAGCGUUGUCGCAUGCGGGCACGCACGUCCGCAGCCUACACCGGUCUGUCGCCCGCGCCGCAGCAGGAGGGAUCUUUGUGCAUAAAGAUACACCAGAAAAUAAUCCAGACACUCCAUUCGAGUUCACCCCUGAGAACAUGAAGAGAGUUGAAGCCAUAAUCAACAACUAUCCCAAAGGCCACAAGCAGGCUGCCACCCUGCCUGUCCUGGACUUGGCCCAGAGACAGCACGGCUGGCUCCCCGUCUCGGCAAUGAACAAGGUGGCCGAGGUCCUGGAGAUCCCACCGAUGAGGGUGUACGAGGUGGCUACAUUCUACACCAUGUUCCUCCGCCAGCCGGUGGGGAAAUACCACAUCCAGGUGUGCACCACCACGCCGUGCAUGCUGUGCGCCUCGGACAGCAUCCUGCAGACCAUCCAGAACAAGCUGGGUAUCAAAGUUGGAGAGACCACACCAGACAAGCUGUUCACACUUAUAGAAGUCGAAUGUCUUGGUGCGUGUGUGAACGCCCCGAUGGUUCAAAUCAACGACCUCUAUUAUGAGGACCUGAAGCCUUCAGACAUUGAGCACAUCAUCGAUGAACUAAAAGCAGGCAGAGUGCCUCCACCAGGGCCCAGGAGUGGCCGUUUCUCCUGUGAACCCGCUGGAGGACUGACCUCACUAACUGGCCCACCCCCUGGCCCUGGUUUCGGGGUCCGGUCCGACUUAUAAACACCUGAGGGACCAUCUGCACAACGGGCUCCUGCCUGGCUUGACCUGAGUUCUUAUAAACGUCAAUGACAUUUAUAAAUGUAAAUAAAAUGUUAGUAACUGUA